CGCCACACUACCUAGGUCACGCACACAUCCCUGAUAGACGUCCGCAAAAUCCGGCUUUAUGGAAUGAAGAAAUUUGCGGCUUUUAUGUUACGAAAGUUCCAUCGGCGCUACACGAUGCUGCCCGAAGUCGACGUCUCGACUACCGAGCCGCAAUCGCCUAGUGAUGCAAACAGUGGCGAUCAUCAUCACGCCGGUUCCUCAAGGCAUAGAAUAUGGUUCCACCGCAACCGCUAUGCCGGAGCGCUGCUCUUCAACCUGGGCGCUUUCUUCCUCCCAGCCUUAUACAGCACGCUAUCCAAAUUAUGGGUUGCGGAAAUCGACUCCUCGCUCGUCGUCACGACCGACGUGUACACGUACAUCGGCGUGGUAGUUGAGGUGCUAAACGAGGGCCUGCCCCGCGCCUCGUGGGUCAUCAUCGCGGACAGGGACUCGCGCUCCCUAACGCAGCGCCUCGGCCUCUCGUACACGCUCAUAGCAUUCCAGUCCGUCCUGGGGCUGGUUAUGAGCAUCGCGUUCAUGGCCGGCGCCGCUACCUUUGCGCAGGGGUUUGUCCCCGUCGAGGUGCGCGCCGCGAGCUUGACGUACAUCCGCAUCAGCGCUUUCUCGGCCCUGAGCUCCGCGGUUGAAACCGCCGUGGCGGCGGCGACUAGGGCGCUUGAUAAGCCGGACAUCCCGCUUGUUAUCAGCAUGACAAAAUUCGCGGUUAAUAUUAUCCUGGAUAUGCUAAUCAUUUCACGCUUUCACGUUGGAAAUAUCCAACCGACUAUUAAUAUGCAAGCUGGCAUCCAGUUGGCCUGCAACAUGACGGCUGCAUUCGUAGGGCUUGCUUACUUCCUUUGGGCGACGAACCUGCAGCAUCGAAAUCAUCAGCUGGAACUCUCUGGGGCUGACGCUAUCGAAGUCUCUCAGCUGCGAUUCGAAGCUGAUUCUAGAAUCCGGCUAAGCUUUCGUGCCUUGGCUGUAUUAUUGCGGCCUGGACUCCUGACCCUGGCCGAGUCGGCCAUACGGAACGCCUUGUACCUCUGGCUAGUGAGCACCAUCGUCGCGCUGGGCUCAACGUAUGCGUCCGCCUGGACCAUAUUCACCACUAUCCGAUGGGGAUUGGUUAUGGUUCCAGUUCAAUCUUUGGAGGCGACGAGUCUCGCGUUUGUCGGUCACCACUGGGGUUCUUGGCGUCGCUCUAUUGGUAAGACGACGCGUAGACCUGGCCGAGUUUCCUUGAGAACUAUCAUGGGAAUUACAAGGCCAGCUCUUAUUUCCCUUGCUAUUUCUCUAAUAGUUGAGGUCCCGCUCGCUAUCUUUCUGUCUAUAUGGGGCGCUAGGUCGUUCGCCAAAUAUCUGGGCCAGCCGGAUGAGGUGGCGGACAUUACGGCGUAUAUGUGGCGGACUAUCGAUUGGUGUUACAUAUUCUAUGCAGCAUCGACUCAGCUCGCUACGGUUCUUCUUGCUACGCGACCCAAGUGGUACCUCUAUCAGAGCUUGGCCAGCAACCUCCUAUACGUCUUACCGUGGGCUAUAGCUUGCCAGGUAAAGAAUCUAGAUGUGAACAAUGCGUGGACAUAUCACAGACUAGUUUUCGGUGGGAGCUUAGUGUUUAGUUUCGUCGACAUCGUGAUCGUGGAUGGGCUGUGGGUGUGGACGUUGAUAACUGGGAAGGCCAGACUUGAGGCGUUCAGGGAAAAUUAAAAUGGCAAUGAGUUCGCCAAACCUUUCGCCUCUAUUUUGACACGGCUACUUAGACCGUACUAGCAACUCUUAAAACAUCGCCCCAUGCCCCUGACGGGAGUGAUCUCUCGAUCCAAAUCCCAUGAAGCGGGUGGUUACUCUUACGUCCUAGAUGGCGUAAUUAGAGAAUAUCCAUCAGGUACCUAUCUUAGGUACGUAUUACAGGCGAAUCAAAUACCUCAAAGUUAAGAACAUUGUGAAAUACACAGAUACAAUGUAGAAUUAGAAACGCAUCAAGAUCCAAAUGCGUCAUAUUAGUGUGUAGUGUAGCCUUGCGCCUCAAUGCAACUCCCCGUACCAGACAGAGGCCCGACCACAAUUUGUAAAACUGAUUAAGGUUAUUA